AUAGGUAGGAACGGGUUCGUCCUGCAUUCUUGGCUGAGCAUGGCAGCAAGAGUGUAAUAAAGAGCCAUUGAGAGACAUAAAAUAAGCAAAGCAAGACAUUACUGAAGAUAAGAGAGUCGGGUAGAGCAGAAGAUAAAGGUGUUGGUGCCUUUACGGAACGGUUGGGAGCUUGAAGACGGCGGGGAGGUACGGAGCCACCUCGACGCGUUAGCCGGCACUGCUGAUGUGCGGGUGCCGGUGCAGCGUGAUCUCGGCGCUGGCGGAGAAGCUGAGGCGCACGCCGUGGCUGGCCGACCUGCUGUCCCGCUAUGGCAGCUCCUCGUCCCGGCAGCACUCCCCCAGGAAGCGCGGUGGCCUGCAGGAGCUGGGUGGCUUCGAGUCCGUAGAAGAGCUGACUCGCGUGCGGGGCAUCGCGGGCUGGGUGCUCGACAUGAACCGCGAGCUGCUCACCUGCGGUGGCGGCGGCGGCAGCAGCAGCGGCUCCAGCGGCACUAGCGGGAGCGCGGGCAGCGGCGGGGCAGCCGGCGCCGGAGGGAGUGGCGGGGGCGGCGUUGUCGGUGGCGGCGCCAGCUUCAACGGCCGGGGACGCCGAUGCAUCGGCAGGCGGAGGAGAGAAAACGCCGACAACCACCUCGCGGUGGAGGAGGAAGAUGACGAGGAUGAAGAUGAUGACGAAGACGAGGAUGGCGACGACGACGAGGAAGACAACGACGAUGAGCAAGAAGCGGUGGUACUACAGGGCAGGGAGGAGGAGGAGGAGGAAGAAGAGGAGGAGGAGGAGGAAUUGCAGCAGCCUGGUAGCAGUAGGAACAACGCUGGGCGCAGCUGAAGAAACAACAACAACAACUACAGGGGAAUUCACAACGGGCACGGCAUCAGAGGGGUCAACGAGAGGGAGGAGGGCAUCGUGAGCAUUGACGACGAGGACGGCAGCCUGGACGUCAACGAGGACGACGACGACGACCGGGGGGACCGCAGGGGUAUGGACGACGACGAGGACGAGGAGGACAGCGACGAAGAGAUGCAGGAGGACGAGGAGGAGGAGGGCGCCGAGGAGAGCAUGGACGAUGGGGCCAACGGCAAUGCGCCGCAGGGCGAGCGCGGCGCCGGUGUGGGUGGCGUCGGUGGUGGCGCGGGCCGGAACGAGACCUUGCAGCAGGCGCUCGCCAACGCCCGCCUCCGCCAGAUGAAGCGCAAGUCAGAGCACGGCCCUGACAUGCGAGCCCUCUCCCCAGGCAAGAAGCCCUGCAAAGGGUCGGAACAUCCCAGUCACGCGCUGGGCUCGCUGCUGCCGUGCACGAGCGUGCCGACGACGUUCGGGGAGCUGCGUGCGGCGAGCGGACAGGGCCAGGGCUCCUCCCGUCGUCGUCUCGCGGGCGUCACUCCUCCCGCGGAGCUGCAGGACUGGCUCAGGACCUUCCAGAGCUGGAGUGGUCCAGAGCGGCUGCUGGCGCUGGAUGAGCUCAUAGAUCGAUGUGAGCCGCCGCAGAUCAAGCACGUCAUGCAAGUCAUCGAGCCACAAUUCCAGAGAGACUUCAUCUCCCUCCUGCCCAAGGAGCUCGCGCUCUACGUGCUGUCGUUCCUGGAGCCACGGGAUCUUCUUCGAGCGGCACAGACCUGUCGUUACUGGCGCAUCCUGGCCGAGGACAACCUGCUGUGGCGGGAGAAGUGCCGGGAGGAAGGUCUCGACGAACCCCUCUACGUGAAGCGCAAGAAAUCGGCCACGCCCAACUUCACGUACAGCCCCUGGAAGAGCGCCUACAUGCGGCAGCACAGGAUAGACAUGAACUGGCGCUGCGGAGAGAUCAGAGCUCCCAAGGUAUUGAAGGGGCACGAUGACCACGUGAUUACCUGCCUGCAGUUCUGCGGAAACCGGAUCGUCAGCGGGUCGGACGAUAACACGCUCAAAGUGUGGUCGGCCGUCACGGGCAAGUGCCUGCGAACGCUGGUGGGGCACACGGGCGGCGUGUGGUCAUCGCAGAUGCGUGGCAACAUCAUCGUCAGUGGCUCCACAGACCGGACGCUCAAAGUCUGGAAUGCAGACACGGGGCAGUGCGUGCACACGCUGUACGGACACACGUCAACUGUGCGCUGCAUGCAUCUGCAUGGAAACAGGGUCGUGAGCGGCUCCCGCGAUGCCACCCUACGCGUGUGGGACAUCGAGACGGGCCAGUGCCUGCACGUGCUCGCGGGCCACGUGGCGGCCGUGCGCUGUGUGCAGUACGACGGGCGGCGAGUCGUCAGCGGCGCGUACGACUACACGGUGAAGGUGUGGGACCCCGAGAGCGAGACGUGCCUGCACACGCUGCAGGGUCACACGAACAGAGUCUACUCGCUGCAGUUUGACGGUGUGCACAUCGUGAGCGGGUCGCUGGACACCUCGAUACGCGUGUGGGACGCCGAGACGGGCACCUGCUUACACACGCUCGUGGGCCACCAGUCGCUCACCAGCGGCAUGGAGCUCCGGGACAACAUCCUCGUGUCGGGAAACGCAGACUCCACCGUCAAGAUUUGGGACAUCAAAACCGGCCAGUGCCUACAGACUUUGCAAGGGCCGAACAAGCAUCAGAGUGCGGUGACCUGCCUUCAGUUCAGUCGCAAGCUGGUGGUCACGAGCUCGGACGACGGCACCGUGAAGCUGUGGGACUUGCGCACGGGCGACUUCCUUCGCAACCUCGUCUCGUUGGACAGCGGCGGCAGCGGCGGGGUGGUGUGGCGCGUGCGCUGCUCCAACACCAAGCUGGUGUGCGCCGUGGGCAGCCGCAAUGGCACCGAGGAGACCAAGCUGCUUGUCCUGGACUUUGACGUGGACAGCAAGUGAAUGACCCUCCCCACCGCGGCCGGUGGGCUCCGCGGAUAUGCGGUGGCGAUCGCGACGAGUGCUCGGCCACGCCGAGGGUGUGGCGGCGCGCGUUCGCUGUGCGCCUGUGGUUGUGGGUGGCACUGGGAGGAGGGGGGGGUGGUGGUGAUGGGCAGUGAGGCUGAAGGGCACGAAAGUAGUAGACCCCGUGGGUCUCUUUGAAAUGGGCUUGUUGCUCACGUGCCAACUUUGGAAGGGAUCACGCACACACAAAAAAAGCCUAAAUGUAUAAAAUACGGGACACAAAUGGAACACCUGAGUGCCAACAACAAGCAGGAAGAUUUGACGACUGAAAUCUUCAGCUGACCUUCCACCCCACCCACCAACCAUCCUCAAGUUGCCUGUGGUAUAUUACUGACUUGAAAGUACACUGACUUGGAGAACUCUAUUUAAAAAAAUUAAACAAAUUUCAAGCGAUUUAAAAUCUCACACUUUUUAAGGCUCUUUGUCAGGCCCUUGCCGUGCCACCCUGUCUACCCAGCGCAUGUGACUGGAGGUGGGGUAAGACCCAAAGCACUUCUUGCAUCGGACUGCUCAAGGUUGACACCAAAUGGAAGACGGCACAGCAGUGGUCUGUGGCGUUCACUCUUCCAUAACAGCAGCCAAGGACCUUCCUUUGCGGCAGCGGUUGUGGGAGUUUUGGUAGCCGAAGAAGAUAGUUUUUCUUUGCUGGCCUUAAAGCGACUGAACCUAAUGAGAGCAGGGACCUCGCUCGCUCGGUGCAGUGAAGCGCGAAGGGAGGGACAUGGGAACCCACUUUGGCAGAAGUCUUUGUGGUGGAUCAUUAAAAUUAGGAAUGUGAAUGUAAGCAGCAGAAUAAGCCUCCCUAACACUUUGUUCUAAUGGAUUACACUACAGCCUGUGAAAGGUAUUUUUUUUUCUUGAUCGUUAUCAAUUUACUCGUUUGUUUUUGUGAUACGACUAAAACUGCUCUGUUGGUAACCAUUCGAGCUGGGAUGCAUAGAAGGGAUAAAGUGAAGUCUUUGAUGAAAGUUUUCUGCGUUGGCCAUCAGCUAUGUGGGAUGACAUCGUGAGGUGUGCGCGUGCUCCCCCCCCCCCCCCCCCCCCGUGUUCCUUGGGUUCCAGAAGAAAACCUCGGUUGCCAUAUCACGGCGGCGAGAUCGAGUACGAUUGAACAAUUUCAGCUCGAAACCAACGAAAAUAAAAGCGCUUAUCACUUGGUGGGCAGCUUCCAGUGCUCACAGAGUGACACAGAGCCUCUGGGAGUCGUGCCCACGAAAGGGCCCGUCUGCUGAUGUCGCACGACGAGGCGGGGGGACACCCUUUUGCAGAGGGUACAGAAAGGCGCAGAGCUCACCUUUUGCAGGGGAGAAGGCGCCGAGCGAAAAUGAUUACCGGACGCCGUGCUGAAACGCAGCAGAUUAAUCGUCUAAAAAACUACGGAAAUAAGCUUGCUUUUGCCAACAUUGCAAACUUGAGCUCGGGGCCUCUGCACGCCAAACCCGCUGCUGUGGUGUCGCCAAAAAUGAAGCGUUCUCUUACAUUUUUCCGUCAUCGUUAGGUUUAAAAAAAAAUAUUUGCAACCUGAUGACCCUACGAACAUAUCCAUUCUGUUUGGGAUACACUUUCAAUUGUCGUAAAAGGCCAGGUUUGUAAGCGAAGGUGCGUUGUGAAUGCGGCAUGCGAUAUCCCAGCCUGUUUACUCUCCACACAGCCUACGCUGCGCCUCGUCAUUAUGACUGUAACAUCAACCCACGUUGGGACUAAUGUGAAAGCUGUGCUAACCACUUCAAUUAUUUUUGUUUUCCUGUGUUAGCGUUUUAAAGCUUUUGUUGUUUCGUUUUCUCAGUUAAAAGGGUGCUGUUUCGAUCUCAUGUUCGUCUCACGUUUGUACAUGGGCAGUUAGUACAGGGUUCAGUAGCCUUGCGUGCUACACGUUGCGUAUACACAGUUCGUGCACUCUUAUAGAAACGGCCCGUCUUCUCUGGUCACUCGCUUCACCGUUCGUGCUGCCAUCGUCGUCACUGUUGUGGGUGAAGAGACUCGCGUGGCCCGCUCGGCCGUUACGCACCCCGGCCCCCAGUACCCGUGCUGAGCCUGCCUACACGUAUGACUCGUCGUUUUAUGGCCGCACGCAUGUAAGUGGGGCCCCCCCCUGGGACGUAAAAAUAGAUGCUGCACUGAAAACCGCACCGCACCUCUCUGCUCUUUGUCUUGUUUUUGUUGUUGCACACACACUCCUGCACAAACACACACACACAUUCAUAACCCCAAGCCCUUAGUGUAGAAAAACUAUUUUUCUGCAAACACACUGAAAUUAAAUACAUACUGGAAUGCUGUAAGGAAAGGCACAGCACGGGAUAUAUUGUUUUAAUGAAGCCGAAGUGUGUACUGCGGGGCUGAUAGCGCCAGAGCAAUUGAGCCAAUUUAAACUGAAAGAUUAUCAAUUUUAAGGCGACGUGACAAAAUGCAUCGAUGUUUGAAUAUGAACGGGCGCCACGUUCUUCGUGAAAUUGUCAGGUCACUCCCCCAAACCGAUGGCCGCUGUACACAAUCGAGUGCAGGCUGUGCGUUUCUCCAGCAGGUCAGUGGGCGGACCAGGGUGCAUUUAGAGUGAACUCUAAUUGCCGCUGGUGAUUAAUGAGCUCCGAUGAGACGCAUUACGGGAUCAGAGCUUCAACCGAGCAGCUGUAAGUGCUCUCCGUGACAAGCUUUAGGUGAACUGAGGCCUUCUGAAUGUGCUGUUUUAAAACUAUGUUUAGUGUUGUGUGUGCGUGCGUUGGUCCGGUUACUGUUUUUUGUUUUUUGCCGAAGCAGGAUUUUCCUUCCAUUUUUGAUUGUGGGAUUCUGUGAGGGUUUUUGGGGGAUUGGCUUUUGUCAUUCGUGGCCCGUCCGCGUGUAAAUAAUUCCACAUAGAAACUGUGAACUUGAAUUGGCCUCUAAGCAGGGGGGGCAGCUGUACAGUGAUGCCAUCUGCUCUGUAUAGCCUGUUCAUGGCGAUGUACAUAGAGCGGUUUUGAUCCGCACUUAGUGGCAAAAAAAAAAUGAUGUAGUUCAAAAGAUCAGGGAGUUUUUUUUUGUGUGUUUUUUUUCACUAACCGUCAGUAUUGAAUUCAGUCUUUUUUUUUUGUAUCACCAUGUUCCUUCACGUGCGUGUUUGUUGCUGCUGCUUAUGAAUGUCACGUUGUAAAGAAAGAGAAAAAUGAAAAAAAACUUAAUUUCAUUGGUCAAUGUGCAUCUUAAAUGAGACUUGAGGGAACGGCAGAGAUGAGACGACCAGUCUGUGUGUCGGGAAGGAUUUUCCACCGGGUCCCCCCCCCCUCUAUUCUCGACACGAGCCGUCGCUUGUCGUGCACCCGCCCGUCCUGGUGGCAGUCUUUGUUGAGCCAGCAGACGGAGACGCUGGUCCCUUGCUGGUGUCUGCCGAGGGUCGUGAGAGUGUGAGGGGUGGCUGGCCUCUCGUCCAAGCCAGGGCAGUGUGCACGCGAGGUCGGGGUGGGGUCAGGAGGCGUUUGCCGUCACUUCGCUGGGUAUGUGCCAUCUGAACAAAAUGUGUGACGUAGGCAAGACGGAUCACAUUAAGUGGAAGCAGAAAAAAAAGUAUAAAAAAACACAAAAAAGGAAAAACAAAUAAAAAUUAAUUACAAAUAUGUAACAUAUGAAAAAGGGAUUGAGUUACUGGUUUGUUUUACUUAGAAAUUUUUAUUUUCAUAUGAAAGUGCAAUAAAGUGUACCUCAAUGGAAGGAC